AUGAAAGCUGAGUAUUCAUCAAAACCGCCAACAUAUAUUUGGAAUAUGAAUGAUGCCCUAAAUAAAUUAAAAGGAAAUAUUUUAGAUCUUAUUUUUUUUUUGGGGUUUAUAAUAAGUAUUUUUGGAUCGUUUUAUUUUUUCUAUUGGUUAAAAAGUAGAGAAAUUAAAAAUAUGUACAACAAUAAUUAA